AUGCCAGACAUAACACAGGAUAGCAACGGCUUCAGCAGAUCGUUUGCAACGACACAUGACAAUGAAGAGUUCUUCUUCCAUUUGAUACAGUUUCAGAAUAAACAAAUAUUAAACAUAUCUAUUAAUGGGAUCCUAGAUACAACUUUCAAAAUACCAGUUUCUACAAAAACGUCCAUUAAUUAUGAGUCUAUGAUGGACUUGGCUGAAAAUGAUAAUGGAGAAGAGGAGCUUUCCACAGGAGGUGGAUUGCAACCUGAACCCCAAAUGACUAUUGGAGACUAUUCCAAUAUGAAGAUUUCUAUUGUGGCUGGUCAAAUAGGUAAGCUUAUGUCGACCCAGUCGCCGCGAGAUGUUAUACUCUCUAUAGGAUCUAAAUGGUUUGGCAAAGGUGAUGAAGUUUCUCAUGAUGAUUUCGAAAAGUUGACUUUCGUUUUACAGAACGUAAAGAAGUUACUCUGA